GACUGGUGGAUUCACCUCCAGUCCGCCUCCAGCUCCGCACAUGAGAAGUUCACGGGCGCUCCCGCGUUCCCGGGGCCGGUAAAGCAGUCGGCUCCGCGGCGGGGAGGAUGGAGGGCGGCGGAGCGAAGAAGCUCAUCCAGAUCAGUGGACCGGCUCUGUCCAAGAGGAAACUUUUGGUGGGAUUAGAUCUGCUCUGCCUCCUUCUCGCUUCCAUCCCCUUUUUCGCGUGCGAGCUGAAGGCGGUGAGCCCGUACAGGAGAGGCUUCGUGUGUGGCGAUCCGAGCAUCACCUACCCCUACCUGCACAGAGAAAUCAUACCGGACGAGCUGCUCAUCGCUGGCGGCAUCAUCAUCACCGGCCUGACGAUUGCCCUCGGGGAGUGUUACCGGGUGCGUUUUCGAAGCGUGAGCUCCAAGGCCUUCGUCAGGAACCUGUACGUGUCCUGUCUGUACAAGGAGCUGGGCAGCUUCCUGUUUGGCUGCUGCAUCGGCCAGUCGUUGACCAACAUGGCCAAGCUCAGCGUCGGACGGCUGCGGCCGCACUUCCUGUCCGUGUGCGGCGUCACCUACGCGUCGCUCAACUGCACGCCCGGGACCUACGUUGCGACGGUGACGUGUCGUCAGCCUGACCACCGGCUAGAGGAGGAGGCCAGGAAGUCCUUCUUCUCUGGCCACGCUUCUUUUGCAAUGUACACAAUGCUCUAUUUAGCAUUUUACCUGCAGGCUCGGUUUACGUGGCGUGGAGCUCGACUGCUGAGGCCGGCGCUGCAGUUUUUUCUGGUUCUGCUGGCAUUCUACACAGGCCUGACCCGCAUCUCGGACUACAGGCACCACCCAUCCGACGUGCUAACAGGCUACAUACAGGGAGCCCUCACUGCCUACUGGGUGGCUUUCCACAUUUCAUCUAUGUUCAAAAGCUCCAGUUCAGAUUUAUCUCCGACCGAGACACCAGACAGCCCCCUGUCACCCCACCAUACUGUCUGCUAAAACACCCACUGACCCCUUCGUGUACCACCGUCCACCUGCUGCCCGAGGUCUGCUUUGGAUUGGCAAGAGAUGUAAAGAAUGUGAGACCAUUUCCUGUGAAAUCAAACCACAUACCUCAGUAUUUGAACAGAAUGUAAGAGAGAAAAGAAGAGCUGACCUUGUGAAAUACUGUCUGUGGCUCAGGAGAGA